CGCAACGGCGGCAGCAGCGGCGGCGGCGGCGGCCCCCGCCCGAGCCCCAGUGCAGCAAAGAUGGCUGCGUUCGCCAGGCAACGCCGGAGCUGCUGACCCUCAGGCCCGGCCGGGAGGAGCGCCCACCGCCCGCCCAGAGAGAGAGAGAGAGAGAGGGAGAGAGAGAACGAGAGAGACGGAGGGAUGCAGCUGGCCGCCUUCGGCCCACCGCGGAGCCCCGCCGGCCGUUGAAAGAAAAAAGAAAGAAAGAAAAAAUAAAACCAACGGCGGCGGCGGCGGCGGCAGCUCCCGGGAUAGCCGAAGGCUUCCCUCAGCGAAAGGGGGUCGGGGGCCUUCUCGGGAGGCGAAUGGAAGCCCCCGCCGGGCUUCUCCCGCUGAGCCGCCCUGCGCGGCCCGGCAGCUAGGCGGCCCCGGGAGCAACAGUUGCCAAGCUCGCGGCGUAACUUUGUAGCGAGUCGGAGGAGGAAAUCCGCCCUGAGGAGAAGGCAUUGAAGGAAGGAAGGAAGGAAGGAAGGAGGGAAGGAAGGCCGGCCCCUUGCCUUCCCCUCGCUGCCUUCCCUGCCUUGGCUCUGGCCGGGCGCGGGUGGGCGAGGGCCGCGUGGGAGCCCCGCGCGGCGCCCAUUGUCUGAGGGGCGAAAAGUUGCGGAGCUCCCUGGGCGGGUAGGAGGGGCCUCCUCCUCCUUCUCCUCCCUCCAUCGGAGGAAGGAAGGCAGGAAAGGAAAGAAGGAAGGAAGGAAAGAAAGAAAAAGAAAGAAAGAAAGGACAGAGGAAGGGAGGAAAGAAAGGAAAGGAAGACCAGAGACAGGGAGGGAAGGAGGAAGGAAAGAAAGGAGGGAGAAAAAAAGGGAAGGAGAGGAGGGAAAGAAAGAAAGGACAGAAGGAGGGAGGGAGGAAAAAAAGAAAAGCAAGGAGGGAAGAAGGAAGGAAGGAAGGAAAGAAAGAGGACAGAAGGAGGGAGGGAGGGAGGAAACAAGGAAAGAAAGAAGGGAAGGAGGAAGGAAGGAAAAAAAGAAAGGAGGAGGGAGGAAGGAAGGAAAAAAAGUAGGAAGGAAAGAAAGUGAGAGAGGAAGGAAGGAAAGAAGGAAAAGAAAAGAAACGAAGCGGGGCCGCCGUUCGCCAGAACAGCAGCUGCAGCCGCCCUCCAGCAUCUCCUCCUCCUCCUCCUCCUUGCCGCCGCCGCCGCCGCCAUCGCGGGCCGGGGAGUCGCGGAGCUUCGGGCCGGGGAGACUCACGCAGGGCCCCGGCGGUUGCGGCGGCGGCGGCGGCGGCUGCCAUGGAGCCCAAGCACAAAGAGCUGCUGGCCCAGUGUCAGCAGAGCCUGGCGCAGGCCAUGACCGAGGUGGAGCAGGUGAUCGAGCUGCUGGAGGCGGCGGCCGUGCUCAGCCCCCGCGACUUGCACCAGCUGCGGGAGGCCGGCCUGAGGCCGGCCGCCGGGGGAGAAGGCGAGGAAGGCGGCGGCGGUGGAUCUAGCGAGCCGAUCCCGGCCAGCGUGGGCAAGGCCGAGCUGCUCCUCCAGCUGCUGCUAGCCAAGGAGCGGGAUCACUUCCAGGACUUGCGGGUGGCGCUGGAGAAGACCCAGCCUCACCUGCUCUCCAUCCUCUACCUGAACACCCAGGAGGUGCAGCCGGGAGAGUCGGCAGGAUCAACGUAUAGCGUUCUUUCUAUAAUGCCUUCGGAUUCUGAAAGCAGUAGUUCUCUCAGCAGUACUGGCACAACGGGAAAAACAUCGUCACCCCCACCUCCAUCGGCGGAUGUGAGGCAGAUGAGCGAAAAAGUGGAGACCAUUUUGUUUCAGCUUCGCCAAGUGACCCGCGAGAGAGAUGAGCUCCGCAAACGUCUCGCCCUGUCCUCACCCGGGUCAACCUUCGAUGACUGCAGGCCUAACCCCAAACCAAACCACGAUUACGAAAGGUUGAAGAUACAGUGCAUGAAGGCCAUGUCGGAUCUACAGUCCCUACAGAACCAGCACACCAAAACGCUAAAGAGAUGUGAAGAAGCUGCUAAGGAAGCUGAUUUCUAUCAUACGUUACACAGCCGCCUGCUGAGCGACCAGUCCCAGCUGAAGGAAGACAUGGACACCUUAAAGAGGAAAAACAGCCAGUUUGUACGGGAGCACAAUCACCUCCAGCAGUUAUGUGAGGAAAUGAAGAGACUUCACGAGGAGGAUCAGAAGGAAAUAACAAACUUACGCAGCCAACAACAGCAGGUUAUGAAGCAGAAUGGGUCAUCGGAAAUCUUGAACAAACUCUACGAUACAGCGAUGGAUAAGCUUGAAGUCGUGAAGAAGGACUACGAUGCACUAAGAAAGCGGUACAAUGAAAAAAUAGCCAGUCACAACAGUGAUCUGAGCCGGUUAGAGCAAACGGAAGAAGAAAACAAACGUCUCCAGAAACAGAUGGACAUGUUGAUGAAGCAGAGGGACACGGCGGUCCAUUUUCAGCAGCAAUGUUCCACUUCUCUGAGAAGAUUUGAGACGAUACAACAAGAACUGACCAAAGCCACAGCCCAGAACAAGGAGCUGCAGAGAGAGAUGGAACGGCUGCAGUCAGAAGCCACGAGGUAUAAAACGGUGCAGCUGAAGGCCGCCAAGGAUGCCGAGAAGUACAAGGAAGAACGGGACUCGGUUUUCAGCGAGUAUCGCCUCAUCAUGAGCGAGAGGGAUCAAGUGAUCAAAGAGGUAGAUAAACUUCAAACGGAGCUGGAGCUGGCAGAAUCGAAACUGAAAAACACAUCGUCAGAGAAAAAAGUGGCCAGUGAGGAAAUGGAAGCAUUAAGACAGGAGCUGAAUUCCGCUCUGGUGGAACGAGACCGAGCCAUCUGUGAAAGGAACGAGCUCUUAGAAAAAUACUGCCACGAAGUGAAGGACAAGGCAGAGGCCCAGAAGGAGCUGGACCAGGUGUGUAAGGAUAUUGAGACAGUGAAGGAAGAGAGGGAUGUAGCCAGGAAGGAGAGAACGGAAGCCAUCAUCCAGAGAGACCAUCUAUUAAGAGAAUACUAUCAAGCUCGCCAGAUCCAAGAUUCGGCCACUUUGGAUAUAGAAAGAGCGAACAAAGAAAUAGAAAUGCUUCGGAAGCAGUACGAGGCCAUGUCACAGGAGUUAAAAGAAGCCACACAGGAGGCGGAAGUAGCCAAAUGCAGGCGAGACUGGGCAUUCCAGGAACGGGAUAAAAUCGUUUCGGAGCGAGAGAGCAUAAGGACUUUGUGUGAUAACCUGAGGCGGGAAAGAGACCGAGCCGUGAGUGACUUGGCGGAGGCUCUUCGUAAUCUGGAUGACAUGAGGAAGCAGAAGAACGAUGCCGGACGUGAAUUGAAGGAACUGAAAGAGAAGAUGGAGAAUCAGUUGGAAAAAGAGGCAAGGUUUCGACAGCUGAUGGCGCAUAGUUCCCACGAUUCCGCUAUUGAUACAGAUUCAAUGGAGUGGGAAACAGAAGUAGUAGAGUUUGAGAAAGACAGGGAGGACAUGGAUUUGAAGGCCCUUGGUUUUGACGUGGCCGAAGGAGUGAACGAACCUUACCUUCCUGGAGACUGUGGAAUUUUUGUUACCAAAGUCGAUAAAGGAAGUAUUGCAGAUGGGCGAUUAAGGGUGAAUGAUUGGCUCCUGAAGAUAAAUGACGUGGACCUCACCAACAAAGACAGAAAGCAAGUAAUAAAAGCAGUCCUUAAUGGCGGAGGAAUUAUCAAUAUGCUGGUCCGCCGAAGAAAGUCCUUAGGAGGGAAAGUGGUAACUCCGCUGCACAUCAACCUUUCAGGCCAUAAAGAUAGUGGAAUUGGUCUGGAAAAUGGAAUCUUUGUCGCCACUGUAACGAGUGGCAGUCCAGCUGCCAAGGAUGGAUCCCUCACUGUGGGAGAUAGGAUCAUUGCUAUAAACGGCAUUGCACUAGAUAAUAAGUCACUGACCGAAUGUGAAGCUCUUCUGCGAAACUGCAGGGAGUCCCUUACGCUUUCGUUAAUGAAGGUUUAUCCUCAGAGCUCAAGUUCCUCUUGGAGUGGGCAGAACAUAUUUGAAAACCUUAAGGAUUCGGAGAAGAUCUCCAAUGGCCGGGUUCACGCAUCCGAAGUACAAGUUCAAAAUAAAAGAAACUUAAAGCACAACAGUUCAACCCAAACGGAUAUUUUCAACCCAAACAUAAUGGAUGUCAAGAAGGACCAGAGCGAUCAAGAGAACGGUUUAUACUGCAGUCUGAAACCGUUCUCCAGUAGUGUUUUACAUAGUGACUCCCAUCGGAACACGGCCCACGAGUGCCACAGUAAUUCGGAACACAGCCUCGAAUCCUUUGGUCCAGACGGGUAUGGAGACCCAAGUUAUGGGAUAGUGAACUUGGACAACCAGAGGCUUUCCUUUGAUCCCACAGUUGCGGACUGCAUUGUUCUGGAGAGCGCGUUAGACAAAGGACCAGGUGGGAAGCACAGUGGUGGCACGUGGCCCAAAGUCGUGGUCAACAUAGCUCCGGCAGAAACGGAAAAAUUCUCAGUGUACAAAAAGCCCAAACAAAGAAAAUCCAUCUUUGACCCGGACACUUUCAAAAGACCUCUGACGCCUCCCAAAAUGGAUUAUCUGUCUCCCAAUCCAAUGUUGGGAUUGUCAGCCCAAUCUUCAAAACCAGAAGCCAUCUCCACUCCUCCAACGCCUCCGACCAGAAGCGAUUCCAUUAAAUUUAAACACAAACAGCAGGCCAGUUCUGCCUCGGAGUCUACCGUGACAAUGGGCUCCCCCCCUCCUAGUCCAGCUGCAGUCCAGCCCCCGCUUUCCAUUGAACUGAAGCCAGACUCUUGUCUUCUCAAGGGGCGAGGUAGACCUUCAGGACAUUACUACAGGGAAGAGGGGGUAGAUCCCGGACAUUUGCCCUCGAGAAAAUCCUGUGAAGAGGACGUUGGCUUUCAAAGAGUGGAAGAGCCUGAAAUCAAAAGGCCAAGACCCAAAUCUGCUCCCGCCUUCAGGCAUAAACUAACCCCCGUGCCCAUUCCUAAUCCAUCUCAGCAGGUACAGAAAUACAUUCCAGCGAGUGAAGAGCUCCUGUCACCAGAGGUACAAGAAUGGCCGACCUAUUCACCCAAAUGGGCCAGUCGGCAUAGCGACGGUUUUGUGUCGGCCUCUUUAUACUCCGGAAGCUUGUCGGGAGGUACCGUCCCGAGAAACAUUGCGCCAUGCUCUGCUGUGACAGCUGUGAUGAGAAAUCCUAUUUACACAGCCUGGAGUCAUAGAAUUGCCACCAGCAAUUGCUCAUCGGCAGCCAAUCAAUAUUGCCACCAACACCUGCAUCCCAGUACUCAACACCAAGGACAUCUCAGUUUGGAUCUGAGUCACAAGCACACCAGUGAGUGCUCUGAAAAUACACGCUCCAGAUCAUCCCACGGUUCAAAUUCACUGCCUUCUAGUGCAAGACUGGUAGGUUCCUCCAGCAAUUUACAGUAUAGAACAGAACGAAUAAAAAUACCUUUGACACCAAGGUACCCAAGGUCCAUCAUUGGUUCUGACAGAGGUUCCUUGUCUCAUUCCGAAUGUAGCAGUCCCAGCUUGGUAACUCCUCCCCAGUCACCCCUUAACUUGGAGACCUCCUCGUUUGCCAGUAGCCAAUCACAAAAUUCUCUUUCCACCUUGCCCAGGAUUUCGGUGAGCCCGGUCUCAAUGGGGCAACGUCGAAAAGACAAAUAUUUGUUCCGUAAUAGGUCUUUUCUGAGAAUUCCUGUGGCUCCUACGCCAAAGUUCUGUUCCCUCAGGAGUUUGAGACCCUACAUGGAAGAACCGCGUCAAGUCAAAGUGCAGAAGGGGGCCGAACCCCUCGGGAUCUCCAUUGUGUGCGGGGAAAAUGGCGGAAUAUUCGUCUCGAAAGUAACCGGUGGCAGCAUUGCCCAUCAGGCCGGCCUUGAAUACGGCGAUCAGUUGUUGGAGUUUAAUGGCAUCAACCUGCGGAACGCCACGGAACAACAAGCUCGGCUGAUCAUUGGGCAGCAGUGCGACACCAUAACUAUUUUGGCACAGUACAACCCCCACAUGUUCCAGCUGGGCAAUCAUUCACGAUCAAGCUCCCGUCUGGAACCGGUGAGUAGUCAUUCCACUCCACAAGGCAGUGGAGCUCCAACUCCUGACAGCCAUUCCAUAAUCGAUACUGUGAGCGAACAGGAUGAAGGGACCAUGACUCCUCCGUCCAAGGACACCACUCCAACCACCAGUCCCCGCAAUUCAGUUAGGAGUUCUGUUGACACGAUUAAAAGGACACCUGAACCUAGAACGGUUAACAUCAAGAAAUUUCAAGCGGAGCUCGGAAUCCAAAUUGGUGGUGGGAACAUGCAUGGAAUAUUUGUCUCUGACCUAGAAGAUGAAAGUCCAGCCAAAGGAUCUGAAGGUCUAAUGCCAGGAGAUCUAAUACUGGAGUAUGGGUCCGUUGACAUGCGAAAUAAAACAGCAGAGGAAGCUUACCUUGAAAUGCUCAAGCCAGGUGACACCAUUAGAAUAAAAGCUCAGUACAGAAUUGAAGAAUUCAACAGGCUGAAAGAUUUACCCGGAGAUGGUUUCUAUGUCAGGGCACUCUAUGACCGCCUAGCAGAAGUUGAGCAGGACUUGAGUUUCAAAAAAGAUGACAUUUUGUAUGUCGAUGACACUCUGCCCCAAGGAAACUUUGGCUGUUGGAUGGCCUGGCAGCUGGAUGAAAAUGCUCAGAAGCUGGAAAGAGGACAGAUCCCCAGCAAAUACAUAAUGGAGCAGGAAUUCUACAGGAGACACAGCAUGUCCGAAGCCAAAGAUGACAACAGCUCCUCGAAGGCAUCCUCGGCUGCGGCCCGCCGAUCCUUCUUCCGAAGGAAACACAAACACAAGCGCAGCGGCUCCAAAGACGGAAAAGAUUUGCUGGCCCUUGACACCAUUAGCACAGACUCCAUUCCUUUCUUGGACGAUGCUGUAAGCCUGGCGUAUCAACGAGUCCAAAAGGUAGAUUGCACAUCUCCUAGACCGGUGCUUAUCCUUGGACCAUUACCUGAUGCUGUGAAAGAUAUGUUGGUCAAAGAAUCACCAGGGAAAUUUUGCAGGUGUCCUCUUGAGGUGAUGAAAGCUUCUCAACAAGCCAUUGAACGGGGUGUGAAAGACUGUCUAUUCAUAGAUUACAAACGUAGGAGUGGGCAUUUUGACGUGACAACUGUGGCUUCCAUUAAGGAAAUAACUGAGAAGGAUUGUCACUGUCUCUUGGACAUCGCACCUCACGCCAUCGAGCGGCUGCACAGCAUUCACAUCUACCCAAUAGUCAUCUUCGUUCGCUACAAAAAUGCCAAGCAGAUCAAAGAGCAAAAAGAUCCCGUCUUCUUGAAAGACAAGGUGACGCAGAAACAUUCCAAAGAGCAAUUUGAGACGGCUCAGAAGAUAGAACAGGAAUAUAGCAAGUAUUUCACAGGCGUCGUCCAAGGAGGACCCCUUUCCGUCAUUUGCACUCAAAUCAUGACCACAGUGGAUCAAGAGCAGAACAAAGUCCUGUGGAUUCCUGCUGGGCCCCCCUAGAUCGAUGCCAUGAAAAAUACUGUUAACUUUUGCAACAGAUUGUACCUAAGCAGCUGACAGGGGGGUGUCCAUUUGUUGUAGUCACCUAUGUGGUAGGUUCGAAAGCAUCACAAGCAACGUUAUCCGCGAGGCGUGUUUGGAAAGCAGUGAUGCAUUACUGACAGCAGAAUUCUUCUCAUUUUUGUCUCGGCGUGGACGAUCAAAUCCAAGAGUCCUUUUUUCAGAAAAGAAAAAAAGAAAAAAAAAAACCCGAAGACACUGCGAGAAAAAUGGAAAGAAAUCCUUUAGAUUACGUUUACAAAACCUUUUGCCCUUCUCCCCAAGAUUUUGGGUUUGUGUUUACUUGAAUUUUUUAAAAAAUAAUAAUAAUUUCUUUUGAGGUUCUCCGCUGCCCUCCCUUUAACCCACCCUCCCAGGCACCCCCAUGACAACGGUGUGAGAAGGACUCUCUUCUUGAAGUGUGGAUCCUUCAAGAGCAGCCAUUUUAUGUCAGGAUGACAUGCAUGGAUUUUGAGGGCUUCCCCCCACAGGUACUUGACAGGGGGGAAAAAAUUCCUCCAUGGGUCAGGCCACUGUGUGUCUGUGUCUGUCUGUCUGUGUAUACGUGUAUACGUCCCGUGUUCUUUGUCCAAAGUUACUGGUUUAUUUUAUGCAUGAAUUUUGCUAUUUAAAUAUCAUGAUGUACCCAGUGUGCUCCUUGUCUCUUUUUAAGAAUUGAGUUCGUACCUCGCAUUAAAACCAUAAAUCAAAAGGGGUUAUAAUUUAGGGCUAGACUGUUUAUGUUACUAGGUGUAGAUAGUUUACACAACGGGGAUGGACACUGACAUUGGUGAAAGUUGGAGUAAAAUAGCCAUAGGGAUUUUUUUUUUAUUUAAUUAGAAACACAGUUCAGUUUUAGGGACCUGAAAGCUUCUAGUUUCGUCUAUGACUGUUAGUUUUACCACUGUUGGGGGAAAAAAAAAACAGGUGUAUGUUUUUUUUUUUAAUUCGUUAGAAUUCAUAUUUCCUGCCUGUAUCGAUCUCUACUGUAUAUUGCCUUUUCAUCUUCCCUUUCUCUUUUUUUUAAAAAAAUUAGGACUUUCUUUCCCCACCCCACCCCCAACCGUCAUUUUAUUAUAUUUUUUUUUCCUUCAUGAAAUAAUUGCAUGUCGUGUUUUGUAGGUACUGUACCUUGAUUGCUAAAGUUUUCUUUAGAGCUGCAUUUGCGGCGAACGUUCCUAACAUUUCAUUAGAUAGGGGAGAAAAAAAAAAUUUUUUUUUUUUUGUUCUGUGGGCUUGCCUUCCAGUUUUGAGGGGGGUUUCUUUUCCCUUUUUUAUUUGCAUUAAUUUUUUUAAAAAAGGGAUUUUUCUUGCACAAUGACUCGAAAGCAGCACUUGGUUGGAAAUUAUACCUUCUGUUUUACAGAUACUGUUUUGUAGUUCUGAAUACCAGAGAGAAAGGAACAAAAAAAAAGAAAAAUGUAGAAAGGUUAUAUAAUACACGCGGAGUGGAAAUAUUGUUUAUAAGUUGAGGGACAGCAGUUCUAUUUUCUUUUUUUUAAAAGGAGAGAGGCUUGAGACGGACUACGGUACGAUGAAAGGAACCAAUACUGUUCCAGCAGUAACUUUUCUGUACUAAAAAUGUCACUUUAUAUCAAAACAAAAAUAAAAGAAACUUAAGUAUUGUGUUAAAUAAAGGUCAAUUUCUAUAA